UCACAUGUUUUCGGUGCGCUUAUCAGUCAAGACUCAAAACGACACAAAUAGGUAGAAGUGUGUCAAAGUGUCACUUGUUGGAACACUGACAAGCGGGAGUGUUCGACCGGCACCCCAAAAAAACGCUGCCGUUUUCAUCCCGUGUACAGUGUGGUGGUCACGGGUCCGUGUGCGCGAGCAUUAUGGCGCUAGGCUGUGUACUUUGCUCUCCGGCGCCCACACUAUCCUCUGACCGGUUGCGGGCCUCUUGUCGUCCCCCGACGGCAGCGGCUGCCGCCUGCCGCAGCACCACUUUAUUGCCCCCGAGGCGACACCUGUCCCGUCGCGCACCUCGCCGCCGGGAUCGUCUCCCUCAAAACCGCACCAACCCCCCCACCCCACCAACGCUCGAGCUCCACAUCCCCCGGUGUUCCCCCUCCGCUCUCCUUCUUAACCCGUCCCACUGAACUGGAUUUCCUCUCGCUAUUGUGGUAUACUGUAGCACGCCAGACGCAACUAGUCACGGUCACGGUCAAGCUCAUUGCGAGCGGAGCGCCCUCCUGUCGCUUCUGCCGCCGCCGCCACCGCCGCCGCUCGGCUAUAAAGUCGCCAGCUCUGUUCACCGCCGCUUUUCCUCUGCAUCCGUCUGUGGUGCGGAAUUGAAUUCCGGUGGGAUUUGGGAGCCGAGAGGAGAAGGCGGUAGGCGGGGAUGGAGACACCGGGAGGGAGCGGGGCCCCGUCGCUGGCGCGGCAGGGCUCGGUGUACUCGCUAACGUUCGACGAGUUCCAGACCGCGCUCGGCGGCGCCAGCAAGGACUUCGGCUCCAUGAACAUGGACGAGCUGCUGCGCAACAUCUGGACGGCCGAGGAGUCCAACGCCAUGACCGCGGCCGCCCCGACCACGGCGGCCGCAUCCAUGGACGCGCAUGGGCAGCAUCAGCAGCAGGCCGGGGCGCCCAUCCAGCGCCAGGGCUCCUUCACGCUGCCGCGCACGCUCAGCCAGAAGACGGUCGACGAGGUCUGGCGCGAGAUCGUGGGCCUCACCGACGGGGAGGACGCGCAGGCGGUUGCGGCUCCCGCUCCCACGCCCGCGCACGCGCCGCUGCCGGCGCAGGCACAGCGGCAGCAGACGCUGGGGUCCAUGACUCUGGAGGAUUUCCUGGUACGCGCCGGCGUGGUUCGUGAGGACAUGGGGCAGCAGACCCUCGUGCUGCAGCCGCACGCGCAGGGGCUUUUCUCCCAGGGGAAUGCGGUCGCGCUCGCGCCGCAGACCAUGCAGCUGGGGAACGGGGUGGUGACCGGGGUCGUCGGGCAGGGGCUCGGAGGAGGGAUGACGGUGGCGGUGCCGACGACGCCGGUCGUGUUCAACGGGAUGGGGAAGGUGGAGGCGGGGGAUCUUUCGUCGCUGUCGCCGGUGCCGUAUCCCUUCGACACUGCACUGAGGGUGAGGAAGGGACCGACCGUCGAGAAGGUGGUGGAGAGGAGGCAGAGGCGCAUGAUCAAGAACAGGGAGUCGGCAGCCAGGUCGCGCGCGAGGAAGCAGGCAUACAUAAUUGAGCUGGAAGCUGAGGUGGCAAAACUCAAGGACCUGAAUGACGAGUUGCAGAAAAAGCAGGUCCUGAGUUCAAAUCGUCCGACGCCAAAGCACAAGAUCCGGUAUCUGUCGCGGUCGUUCUCACAUGAGCUACGGUGCCACUAUGUAUGCUAUCUAUAUUGAAUUAUCAGACCUCAGUUGUCACAUGUAAUACCUGGGCAUCUGAUGUUAUUGAUAAAUUGCUAGUGUUGCAUAUUUGUAUUGUUCAUUGUGUAGCACUGUAGCGCCAUCACCCCACGUCCCCACCUCAUUGAUUUGGCACAAAUGAAGGCAAGUUCUGGUUAGCUUAACUCUUAGGCUCCAUUUGGAUCCUUGGAAUUGAAAUCAAUUCCAAUAAUCAUAAUUUAGGCACAUACCAAGUUAACAUGGUCACAUGCGUAACAUACUUGUAUGCUGUUGUUGACCACAUUAGGGUAGAUACUUGUGUGUUGCACUGUUUGUUGCAUGUCAGCGAGCUGAAGAGCCUAGUAUAGAGCAUGUGGAUCAAUGGAAUCUAGUUCUAUCUGUCAACUCAUGAAUUUAAGACAGUCUAUAUCUAAACUUUGAAAAGUUCUAGAAUGUCAAAUUUCAAGCCAAAUAGUCCAGUCCGUAAGGUAUAUUCCAAUUCCUCUAAAACGAAAGGAUCCAAACAGGCCGUUAAGAGUUUAUAUAUUUCAGACUUAAGUUCCAUUUCAUCCACGAUAGUUUGUUUCUUCUUAACUCCUGAAACAAAUGGAGAGGCGUUAACUUGGUAUGCUUAAUU